AUGACAGUAUCAAGUCCCAAGAAAGCAGAAACUCCGCGUGUGCCUUUCUCCAUGGGGAAAAAGGAACCGCCCAAGCAAGACCUCACCACUUCAGGCACCGCAGAAGAUCAGCAACAUGCGGCCAAACCUGCAUUUAACACGUCUCUUUUGGUACGGAUGGGUGUACGCGGGUUCUUCUUCGGCACCUCGCUUUUUGGAUUCAUGCAGUGGUGGGAACACCCAGAUUACAUCAAGCUCAUCAUCAAUAGCAAGUACGCAGGCAAAUAUGAAUACCUAACGUAUCUCGGUGUUGCCGUUACCAUGGCCACUAUUGCUGUAGCCUCUGGUGCCGAUCUAUUGCAGAAUUGUACCUCCUCCGCCCGCAUUGAGGGGCAUCGCGGCAAUGCAGCACGUAUCGCAGCAAGUGUCAGCAAUUGGCUUCUUGCUACUGCAUUUCCCAUGGAAACGCUCAUCACAGUGCUUUACUGGAUCUUGCGUGCUUUUGACCGUUCGUUACUUUCCUCCACACAUAUGCUACGCAAAGGAGAACUCUUGGCUGUGGAAAGUGAUAUUGCUAUGCAUCUUUUACCUUUCUUCUACGUUUGGGCAGAGCUUCUACUUUUUUCGCCCUUCUUGGCGCGCCCAUUCGUACGACGGGCAACACAUAGGUUGGUGCUAGUAGUAUGUAACGAACAAACGCUGGGUAUACCCACUCCUAGGCAAGCUUUCGACGAUUCAGCACUUUGGGCUCGUUGCCGCCACAACCAGCCUGAGUCUUGUCGCCUAUUCACUGGGUAUCGCAUUGCUGCCAAGACAUAA